ACGCGGCAAAGGUAUUGGAAAGAGGAGACAAAGUCAGUCCACCACGAUAUUCAUUCACUCACUGAAAGGAAAUCGUCGACCCAUUUGAUCGAUUAUCAUUUCUUCAAAAACCCACGAUCAAAAUCCAAUUCUUUCAACUUUCCUUCUCAAGAAAUCGAAUUUCACUUUCACUUCUUGUUGUGUUUCUUCUCGUUGUUGUCUGUCAAUGAUCGGUGUAUAAAAACUGAUAACAGAUGAUGAAUGUUAUCAGGCCAACGGUGCAUCCGGUGGAGGCCCCGCCGUUGACCGAUGGGCCUCUGAACGGUCCCAGGAUGAGGAUGAAGGACGUCCAAGGCAUGCCUGGGACACAUGGUGGACUCACUCUGCGUUUGCUUCAGUUCGUGUUUGGUCUCAUCUCUGUCUGCGUCAUGACCUCUACCAGUGAUUUCCGCUCCGUUACAGCUUUUUGCUACCUUGUCAUUGCUGUUAGCUUGCAAAUAUCAUGGAGUUUGUCCUUGGUAAUUGUGGAUGCUUAUGCACUUUUGGUGAGAAGAAGUCUCAGAAAACGUGCGAUUGUCCGCCUUUUUGCCAUUGGUGAUGGGAUUACAUCCACCCUAAUAUUUGCAGCUGCUAGUGCAUCUGCUGGCAUCACAGUCCUAGUGGGCAAUGAUCUUAACAAGUGUUCUGUGGAGCACUGUGCUAGGUUUGAAACUGCAACAGCCAUGGCUUUUAUCAGCUGGUUUGCCAUGACUCCAUCCUUUCUCAUGAAUUUCUGGGCAUUGGCUUCCAAUUAGAUUGGAUAGAUAGAAUCUUUCGUCAUAGAGGCUAUACUAUAUAGCAAUCCUUUUCUCAAUAGCGUGCCAGGGAUAUGUGAUUGCAACUACUUGGUACAUGGAUAAAUUUUGUUACAAUUUGGUUAGGGGAGUUCAAUUUGAGAUCAUCAAUUACAGAAUGAGUGCUUAAUAUCAAAGAUAUAUGUAGAGUUUGGUUAGCUAGAAAUUACCAUAAGUUUUCUUGUCCAUUUCUCCAUUCUGUGAUACUGGAUUACACUUCAUAGCUUAGCUUGAUAAUUGUGACGCUUCGCUGUAGCGUUCCUCAAAUGUUUUUGUAUACAUGAAAAUUUGCAGCACAACUAUCUGUCACGUUUUCUGAAUGCUGGAUUAUGGUUAGGCUGCUUAAAGUUAUGUGUGUUUAUUGGAGAACUGAAAAUCAUAAGCUUGGAGCAUUAGGAGAAUUACCAGUCCUAAUGCUUUUUGCAUAAGCCUUGCCAUUGCCAAUCCACUUGGGCUUUGAGAAGGUCAUGCUGUCUGAGCAAAGUUUGCAUUUAGAUACAAAGUAGGAAUUCCAGCGUAAUUACAGUUUCGUGGUAGUUGACACUGAAUUGUAUAUAGUGGUACAUUUUAUAGUUUUUCAUAGUCAAUUGUAUUUAAAAUAUUGAACAUUUAUCAGUAUUUUCUUUUUUUAAGGGAAUGUAGACAUGUAAUUAAUUUUCCAAAACAACCAAUCAUCGUGUUGAUUG